AUGGAGGCCAUGAAAGCAGCGGCGUGGCUCGCUGCGCGCGCUGAUCCCACCGCCUCACCGACGGAGAGCGCCGCCGCAGCCUCCAGUUCCGGGCACGGAUUGAACGUCGGCUCGAACCCUUCGUUCAAGAUUAUCGGCGUGUGUCUCGCCGUCGGGUCCGGCUUGUUCAUUGGCUCUUCGUUCGUCGUCAAGAAGAAGGGACUGAUCAAGUCAACCGCAAAAGCAGGGAACGAGGUUGGCGAGGGACACGCGUACCUCAAGAGCCCACUGUGGUGGACGGGCAUGACUAUGAUGGUCAUUGGCGAGAUUCUCAACUUUGUGGCCUACGCAUUCACAGUUGCCAUUCUCGUCACGCCCCUUGGUUCCGUCUCAGUCGUCGUUGCGGCCGUCCUCUCCCACUUCUUCCUCAAGGAAACACUCACGUUCUUCGGCUGGAUCGGGUGCAUAUUGUGUAUCCUCGGCUCGAUCAUCCUCGCACUCAACGCGCCACAAGAGCAGAGCGUACGCACAAUCAACGAGUUCAAGCAUUUGUUCAUCUCGCCAGGGUUCCUCGUAUGGGCCGGCCUGUGUAUUGCCGCCUCUCUCGUAGUCGUGUUCUACGUCGCGCCGCGCUGGGGCAAAACGAACAUGAUGCCCUACAUCUCGGUAUGCUCGCUCAUUGGCGGCAUCUCCGUCUCGUGCACGCAGGGCCUCGGCUCGGCCAUCAUCACCUCGAUCCAAGGUGACAACCAGGUCAAGAACUGGUUCUUCUGGUUCCUCCUCUUCUUCGUGGUCAUCACGCUACUGAUUGAAAUCAAUUACCUAAAUAAGGCACUCGAACUGUUCAACACGUCCAUGGUCGUGCCCGUCUACUUCUGUUACUUUACCAGCGCGACAAUGGUCACCUCGUUCAUCCUCUACAAAGGUCUCAAGGCACCAGCUCUGGACCUCGUGACAAUGGUCCUCGCGUUCCUGGUGACGUGUUUCGGGAUCACGCUCCUCCAAAUGUCAAAGGUGGAUCCUAAGCAGCUGAGCGGUCUGGAUCGGCGAACGACAAUGCUCCUCGCAGCCUCGAAACACGGCACCGAGGCCGAGGAGAAGGGCGACGUGCGAGCAAUGGAGGAGCCGGGGAUGGACGCGUUACGUGGUGGCUUCGGGGCAGUGGGAAGUAUCAUCCGCGCCCGUUCCGUCAGUAGGCGGAUGAGCAACGCGUCGGCGGGCGGCUUCGGUGCACCUCGACAUAACACUGCCGGACUGGCCCAUCUGCCGCGCUACCAGCUCAGCGAUAACCCGAUGCCAGAUGAGGAGAUCGCCAUGUCUCCGCAAACCACGGGACGAACGAGCACACUCAAGUUUGGCGCAGAGGACACGGUGCACCAGUACGCAUACACGGAAGGCGGGCAAAGGGGGACGGGACACAGCGACGCGUUCCACUCGACCCGCCAGUCGAGCGGUAUCACGGCGUCCAGUUCUGGCUCGGCGUUCUCCCUCCCGAUCGUGCAGGAGGGAGUCGUAUCGACGACAGAGAAGCGGGACCCGUAUGUGGACCCUUAUGCCGAAGGAUACCUCUCCCCAAUCCACCACCAGGCUGAGCGCAAGACGUCAUUCUCCCAGCUACUAAAGGGCAUGACGGGCACCAGUCCCACCGACGACCAGGUGCGUGGGGGACCACACCGCGGGGUCAGAGAUUACCCGCAUAUCCGGGGUGACGAAGCGACGGAACGCGAGGAACGUGCGGCCCUCGUCGCCGAGCCGGAAGAAAUCUAUUCCGGUCACGAGAGCGACGGCGACGGCGACAUUGGUGCGCCACAGCGGCCAACUCCGCCAGCAGGGCCUAGAAGGCCCAUGGGUCCGCGCAAAAGCGUGCCAAGCCUGAGCAUUGACACGGGGGGGCCGAUGGGGCCGCGCUAG